UCCGCCCUCCCCGCCCGUGGAGCCUUCCAGAAGUCGCCUGCAAACCCGUGCGGCUUGCAGUUCAGCCACACUCCAGGUUUCCAUCGUAAAAACUCAUUAUUUUACAAGUUGAACUCCUGCGAAGUGUCCUAAUUCAUCGGUCAACAUGUCCGCUAUGGGGACACUAGCGUUCGACGAGUAUGGGAGGCCGUUCCUCAUCAUUAAAGACCAGGAUAGGAAGACACGGUUGUCCGGCAUUGACGCAUUGAAGUCUCAUAUUAUGGCAGCUAAGGCAGUGGCGUCAACGCUUAAAACCUCUUUGGGACCUAAUGGUCUUGACAAGAUGAUGGUUGACAGGGACGGAGAGGUCACUGUCACCAAUGAUGGAGCCACUAUUCUCAGCAUGAUGGAUGUGGACCACCAGAUUGCCAAGCUUAUGGUGGAGCUCUCCAAGUCCCAGGAUGAUGAGAUUGGUGAUGGAACCACAGGAGUUGUUGUGCUGGCUGGGGCUCUGCUUGAGCAUGCUGAGCAGCUGCUGGACCGUGGAAUCCAUCCCAUCAGGAUCUCCGACGGUUAUGACCAGGCCGCACGUUUUGCCAUCGACCAGCUGGACAAAAUCGCAGAAACCUUACCCUGCGAUCCCAACAACACAGAACCGCUCAUUGAGACCGCCAUGACAACACUGGGAUCUAAAAUUAUCAACCGGUGCCACAGACAGAUGGCUGAAAUUGCAGUGAAUGCCAUCCUCACUGUGGCCGACAUGGAGAGGAAGGAUGUAGACUUUGAGCUCAUCAAGAUGGAGGGCAAAGUGGGAGGCAAGCUGGAGGACACACAGCUCAUCAAGGGAGUCAUAGUUGACAAGGAGUUCAGCCACCCUCAGAUGCCCAAGAUUCUGAAAGAUGUUAAAAUUGCUAUCCUUACCUGCCCAUUUGAGCCCCCUAAGCCCAAGACCAAGCAUAAGUUGGAUGUGACCUCUGUGGAGGACUACAAAGCCCUUCAGAAAUAUGAAAAGGAGAAGUUUGAGGAGAUGAUCCAACAGGUCAAAAGCAAUGGCGCUAACUUGGCCAUCUGCCAGUGGGGCUUUGAUGAUGAAGCCAACCACCUUUUGCUGCAGAAUGAGCUGCCGGCUGUGCGCUGGGUCGGAGGGCCUGAGAUUGAGUUGAUUGCCAUAGCCACAGGAGGCCGCAUCGUGCCACGGUUCUGUGAGUUGACACCAGAGAAGCUUGGCACAGCUGGUGUAGUGAAGGAGAUCUGCUUUGGCACUACAAAGGAUCACAUGCUGGUUAUCCAGGAGUGCAAGAAUACUAGGGCCGUAACCAUUUUCAUCCGUGGAGGCAACAAAAUGAUCAUUGAAGAGGCAAAACGCGCUCUCCAUGACGCUCUGUGUGUAAUUCGCAAUCUAGUGAAAGAUAACCGUGUGGUGUAUGGAGGAGGAGCUUCAGAGAUUGCAUGUGCUCUGGCUGUCAACCUGGCUGCAGAUAAGUGCCCAUCAUUGGAGCAGUAUGCCAUGAGGGCAUUUGCUGAUGCUCUGGAAGUAAUCCCAAUGGCACUGGCUGAGAACAGUGGGCUGAAUCCUAUCCAGACCAUGGCAGAGGUCAGAGCCAGACAGGUCAAAGAGUCCAACCCCUUCCUCGGCAUCGACUGCCUGCACAAAAACACCAAUGACAUGAAGCAGCAACAUGUGGUCGAGACCCUGAUUGGCAAGAAGCAGCAGAUCUCCCUGGCUACUCAGGUGGUCAAAAUGAUCCUGAAGAUUGACGACAUCCGAAGCCAAGGAGAAAGCGAGGACUGAAAACCUCCUGAAACAGGAGCUGGGCUUAGCUCUUCUAGAGGUUUUAGGCACUUCCCCGAGCACCAUGUCAAAACCGCACUGCAUAUUGCUAUUUAUCAUUUGAUACAAAAUGUUCAAGCUGUUGUCGCUAUCAAAGUCACCAUUAAAAUGUUGGUCCGUUGAAAAUUACA